AUGAAGAUUAUACCAACGACCACGCUCACACUCCAGCGUCGGGUAGAAGAUCUGGAAGUCCAGCUCGCAGAGAAGGACGCCAAGAUCCUCCGACUUGAGGAGACUCUCAAGCAGAAAAGUCGAAAUGUGAUCACUUCUCGAAAGGACAGCCUGACGUCCAUCAGAUCCGAGACCAGCUUUCGAUCCAGCAUAACGACUACAAGACGUCGCUCGGUCGCCGUCAGUACCCCGGGUCCAGCUCUUGACGCGGAAAGAAGUCUCUCGGCCAUGGAUGCCGCAACCACAAGUCUCCCAUCACCAUUAUAUCAUGACGGACAGUUGAUCAAAGAAGCCAACUUUAUCAAAUCGACGUGGUCUACCAUUUACAGGACCAGAGGGAAGUACCGCCCCAGAGAUCAGGACAACAGCGAGGAAAAUGGCAACGAUGUCAGCCCGAUCGAGUCGUUGCCUGGCCCCUGGGACCCGUCAGAAGCCAACACCACGUGGAGCGAGCUAGCCCCAGCCGGAAUCGAACCGACUUCCGUCUGCACCACCUGCGCAAAGCUAGAAUGGAGCGACUCCCACCCCCAAGCCCAGUCCCUAGAAAACCGUUCCCGCCUCUACCCACACACCCGCGACCCCUUUUACAACCCCAAAAACCCAGCAUCCGACAUGUACCCUCCCAACCGCCUGAUGUCGCGGCUCCUGCGCCGAGCUCUUCGCCUCGCGCAAGAAACAGUCUGGACUGCUUUCCGCGCGCACUGGCCUGAAGAACAGCGCCGACGGUACCUCGAAGGGCCAGAGGAGGUAAAACUCGGCUUUGACGAAGUGGAAAGCGCAUUGCGACACUGGUCCUGGGGUGUAGCAAAAGAAGGUGAGGUGGAGAAAUGUGGCUACGGCAGGAAAGCGGCGUAUUCCGCCAUGUCAAAUAUGUCAUACCUCCGCAACGCAGUCUGUCAUCCCGACUGGCGAACACCAUGGAGCGUUGACUCCCUCCUCCGCGACGCCCAAGCCCUGGCCGUCACCAUGCGAGACGAACCUCGAGCUUUCAAGAUCCGGGCCCUACGAGAUGAAUUGCAAGCCGCUCAACUGCAAGCCCAUGACGAAUUGCUCUCCUUCGUGGGUCUCGCCUCCCUGCCCGGAGCGAAACCCUGGUCCCUGCAUCACCAGCGCCUGUUCGCGGAUGUGACACACGAUAUUAGCACAUCAAGCCCGGGAAAGUAUGAUCAUAUCCUACUCCGAGCAGCCAAAGAGUGGGAGACCAAGUACAUCCGCCCGGGCCAACUAGAUCCCUCGUACCUCAAUCGCGCCGAGCGUGCAGCCGACAACAUCGAAGUCCCCGAAAAGGCGGACAGAGAGAACAUGGCCAGACUGAGACAGAUCCAGCGGGUAACGAGAAGCAUGUAUCCAAAACGAUACGAGCAAGCGCGGAAGUAUAUGCAGGAGACACCGGGGCAUGGACGGCGGGCGAGUCUGCCGGGUGCAAUGCCAGGUGUUCCGGGGAAUGUGCUUGAAUUGAAACGUGAGUCUGUUGCGGAUAUUGUUGAGCAGAGGAGGAACAUAGAGCGAGAAGUGAAGGAGUUGAGCCCAGAACAGGAGGAGAGUGCCAAAGCUGCAUGGCCAGCUUUUGUAGAGGCGAAGACGGAGGUACACUGGUGA